AUGGCCAAAGAAGGGCAGCUGUGGAUUAAUUUGAAAACAAACUAUGCUGAUGUGGUGGUAGAUAUUGGGAAAAUAGCUUUAGGAGAGAGGUUCAGGAAGACCUCUUGCAAUCAGCAAAGGUUGCAAAGGCAAAGAACAGAGCUUUGUAGAGCAGUGUAUGCGUUGCUGAAUUCAGGAGGAGGAGUAGUGAGGAUGGAGAGCGAAGACAACAAUUACAGCUUUCAGAAGCAUGGCAUUGGGCUGGACAUAGAGCAGGACCUCAGGACCUGCAUCGGUGGCACCAGUACCAGGGAAUACUUCACAUGGAUGCAGCAGCGGAGUCACUUGCUACUUUUCGUUAAAACAUGGAGCUGCGGAGAUCAGCGGUAAGGUGCAGCCGCAAAGCCGCGUCUCUGUAGCUUGAGCACUGGUUUGUCCUGUAGGUCUUUCACUUCUACUUUCACUAUGUCUACAAGUGCUGCUGCUAAAUUUUUGAGGGAGAAGGAAAGCCGUGCCAAGGACCCUGAUCAGAAUGGGCCAAGCGUAAAGAAAGCUCUGCUGGAUUUUCAUGAGGGAGCAAAGGACACCCCUCUGAACACCGUGGAACACAGCAUCCAAGAGGUCGCUGCUGAGGUUUUAAAGAGAGACAAACUGAUGGCUGGGGAGGUCCUGGAGUUUGGGGAGACAACAAAUAUUGAAUUUAAGAACUUCUCUACAAAGAAUAUGUUGCAAUACGUUAAAAAAACCCUUCCAAACUAUGUCUCUGCCUUUGCAAACACUGAGGGUGGUUAUUUAUUUUUUGGAGUGAAUGACAAUCGUCAAGUCAUUGGAAGCCAUAGUGAAGUGAAGAAAGAAGAUUUAGAAAAAACAGUAGCUGAGACAGUGGGCUCGAUGCCCGUCCAUCACUUCUGCGGCUCUGGGGCUGCCGUGCAGUUUCAGACUUACAUCCUGAGCGUUUAUGACAAAGCAGGUGACUCGCGGGGCUAUGUCUGCGCAGUGCGAGUGGAACCGUUCUGCUGCGCUGUUUUCCAUGAUAACCCUGAAUCCUGGAUGGUGACAGGUGACACGAUUGAAAGACUGAGCGUCAGGAAAUGGACGGAGCUCAUGACAGCUGCAGACCCAGGCUGA